GAACAAUACAAUUGGGAUGUAUCAUGUUUAAAUUAGCCAACGUAUUUGGCCACUUUCAACUGAUGAACUAAUGAAACUGAGAAUUGCAGUAGUGCGUAAAGUGCGUAAAGUACGUAAUCUCAUUCGUUGUCUGCCGCGGACCUGGUCAGAUGGCGGUGAUUGGUCGAAACAAGCCAAUUCUUCAGAUCACGUGAUGUUGCCGGACGUGGGUGUGAACGACCGUUCAUUGGUGAAUUUGUCGGCAUCAUCGUGACCAUUAUCAAGCCAUCCUUUGUACAGUUUCCCGAACCCACUUUAAACGUAACCAUAUCGAUUUACAGCGACAGAGGCAACCGACAUGUAAAUUGCUUUGUUCUGAACAAACUAUUCGUGUAAAGGAAAGAGAAAGAGAGGAGCUAACGUAGCUAACUGUCGUUGCACCGCACUAGCUCGCCUCCUCUCUUCCCGGUGAUCUCUGCUCUGUUGCCGCUAUGGGCGGCUCUCUGCUUCCGCUGCUCGUCGUCGUGCUGUCAUCCUGGUCGGCUGUCGGAGACACGGCGGGAUCCGCUCACGUCGACGGAGCUCCGCCGUCUAAAAUAGCGGUGGUGGGGGCUGGGAUUGGAGGCAGUGCCACGGCCAACUUCCUGCGGCAGCACUUUGGCCCUGAGGUCCAGGUGGACGUGUUUGAGAAGGGUUAUGUCGGAGGCCGUCUCGCCACUGUAACCGUCAAUCAUAAUGACUACGAGUCUGGAGGUUCCAUCAUUCACUCUCUCAACCUACACAUGCAGGAGUUUGUCAGACAGUUAGGUUUAAAGUAUCGGCGCAGUGUGGCGGGUAAGACGGCUGUGUUUAACGGCGAGGAGGUGAUUCUGGAGGAGACAGACUGGUACCUGCUGGACCUGUUCCGGCUGUGGUGGCGCUACGGCAUCAGCUUCAUACGCCUGCAGAUGUGGGUAGAGGAAAUUAUGGAGAAAUUCAUGAGGAUCUACAAGUACCAGGCCCACGGCUAUGCCUUCAGCUCGGUGGAGGAACUGCUGGACUCUCUCGGGGGGAGUGGCUUCAUCAACAUGACCCGGAGGCCGCUCUCUGAUUCGCUGCUGGAGCUGGGUGUGUCGCAGCGCUUCAUCGACGAGGUCAUCGCACCCAUCAUGAGGGUCAACUAUGGACAGAACGUCAGCAUCCCCGCCUUUGUAGGCGCUGUGUCUUUAGCUGGUGCCCAGAACAACCUGUGGGCGGUGGAAGGAGGCAACAAGCUGGUGUGUUCAGGCCUGCUGAAGAUUGCCAACGCUAACCUGCUGCAAGCACAAGUCAACUCCAUCUCCCCAGUCUACUCAGGGGAGUCGCCCCAGUACCAGCUGAGCUUCACCACAGCAGCAGGGACGGGAUCAGAGCUGUAUGACAUUGUAGUGUUGGCGACGCCGCUCCAGGCCAGUGUCAGGUCUGGAGUCCAAUUCCAAGGUUUCACCCCUCCCUUUGACCAGCUCCCCGGCAACUACCACAGCACUGUAGCAACCAUUGUCCAUGGUUACCUCAACACUUCUUUCUUUGGUUUCCCGGACCCCCGCCUGUUCCCCUUUGCCAGCGUCUUGACAACUGAGACACCCGAUGUGUUUUUCAAUAGCGUGGCUAGCGUUUGUCCCGUCAACAUCUCGGCGGGCUUCCGGCGUAAGCAGCCACAAGAGGCCGGAGUCUAUAAAGUGUUCUCGCCACAACCUCUGGACAAGGCUCAGCUGAAAACACUCUUCAGGUCGUACUACUCAGUGCAGGUGACAGAGUGGCAGGCCUACCCUUGUUACGGCAGCAGCCAGGGACUACCGCCUGUGGAGCUCCACCCCAAUCUCUACUACCUUAAUGGCAUUGAGUUGGCCGGCAGUGCUAUGGAGAUGAGCUCAGUGGCGGCCAAGAACAUCGCCCUGCUGGCUUACCACCGCUGGAACAGACAGACGGACAUGGUGGACCAGAAAGAUCUGAUGCACAGGAUCAAGACUGAACUAUGACGUGGUCAACUGAAAGCCAAUGCUUCAGCGAACGUGUUUAUGUAGGGAAGCAGAGAAAGUGUUUCUGGGUAAUUGUAACUCCUAUAGCAUCACAAAGCUGAUGUGCACACGUGCAAAGUCUUGACUACACAUCGAGUGUAUCUCCUGCUGAAUUUUGAGCCGGAAAGUGUCUGUAUUAGGGUACAAAUUUUUUACAGUUGGUCUUGUGAGAAGUGGCAAAGUGUAUUUACAGACACAUCCAAGUUAUUAAAAUUAGAUCCAGUACAUACAUCUAAUACACUGAAAUGAUAUCAUUUGUUAUGUUAUAAUCUGAUUUUUUAAACAGAAAAACAAGUAUCAAAGUCAAAUCAAGUCGAAAACUAAUUUUAAUCUCGCCACUAAAGACGACUGUGGUCCUGCGCUAUUGUCCAAAGGCCAGUUUGAUUUUGCUGAUUGCUUCAUUCUCUGCCAAUGACAUUGCAGCUAUAUUAGACAUUUUGCAGUAUUGGUUGGAGAUUGAUUGUUAAUUAGUGGUUUCAUCCAAAAAUUCAGCUGCAGGCAGCUCUUCUUUGCCAAGAAAUAGGGAAACCAAGCAACCAUGGAAAACACCAUCUAAUAUUUGUCUCAGUAGAAAGUGAAUGGACUGUUUAGAGAGUUGCUGGUGGUGUGAAUGAUCAGUUAAUAUGAGUACCAGUCUAAGGUCACUGGUACUGUGCUGUGUAAAUUAAUGAUCCUGUGUCCAAGUCAAUAAAACACUUUGACGCUCAUGAAA